AGAAAAACACAAUACAGACCCAUUAAUUGAAUAUGAAAGCAGAGAAACCAUUCGUCAUUAACUAUAAGCACAAAAAAAAAAAAAAGCUGCAAUAAGCAGACAACCCACACAUGCAAAACACACCACCAAACUCAUUUUUCCCGCUGGGCCACCAACUGGCAUGUACGCAUGCAUGGUAUGGCAACUAGCUAGCUAGGGUUUGCUGGCUAGCUGCUAUCUAUCAUGCAAUCUCACUUCCAACGAUCUCCAUCCUUUAAAGCCUAUAAAUACAAAAUUGAACCAUAUGCAGAUAGAUUAAGGAGAUCCAGAUAUCACUCAGAAAUUAAAUAUGGCUACUCCCACCUCCACCUCCUCCUUCCUCAAUAUUGGCUUUCCACUAUUUUCUUCUCUUCUUGUUUUGUGCCUUCUGUCUUCUAAGAAAGCUCAGGCUUCUGACGGCAUUGAAGGGAGUGAGAUUCUGAAAAGCCAACAUCCUCAACUACAUACUCAUCUUGUUCGCCUCUCCUCUCUUGUCUUAUCUAAAACAAGCGUCUGCCAGCACCCCUCUAAUAUUUAUUCUAAAGGUACUAAAGGAGGGGCCUCCCUCAGACUGGUUCACGGGCACGGCCCAUGCAGCUCCCACCACUCCAAUACAGCCUCUCCCACUCUCGCCCAAACCCUCACCCAAGACCAACACCGAGUCAACUCAAUCCAAUCCAGGCUCUCCCACCACAACCACACCUCCCAAAUCCCCUUCGACCCCUCCUUGGCUGCCACCGCCGACAUCCCGGCCCAGUCCGGCAUCUCCUUCGACACCUUCAACUACUUAGUCACUGUCAGCAUCGGAACCCCGAAGCGCGACCUCUCCCUCGCCUUCGACACCGGAAGCGACCUCACCUGGACCCAAUGCCAGCCCUGCUCUCCUCCCGGAUCCUGCUACAACCAAAUCCAACCCAUCUUCAACCCCUCCGCGUCCAAGUCCUACUCCGCCGUUCCCUGCGCCUCCAAGCUCUGCAUCAGCCUCAUGUGGGCCGGGAAAUCGCCUGGUUGCCGCAACUCGACAUGCGUCUACGCCAUUGAAUACGGCGACAAGUCCUACACCAUAGGGUUUUUCGGAAAGGAAAGGCUUGAACUGACUCAGUCUGACGUUGUCAAAAGCUUUGUGUUCGGCUGUGGACUAAAAAACAAGGGCCUGUUUGGCCGCGUUGCCGGACUGCUUGGGCUCGGCAGAGGCAAGAUUUCCAUUGUGUCGCAAACCGCAAGAAAGUACGGUAAGGUUUUCUCCUACUGCCUUCCUUCUUCGCCUCGCUUCACCGGACACCUCACCUUCGGAAAGUCAAAACAUGGCAGCAGUCUUAGUAAUGGAUCAUCGUCUUCGGUACAAUUCACGCCCUUCGUGAAGGAAAUGAAGCACCCUUCGUUUUACUUUCUUCAGUUGACGGCGAUAGGUGUCGGCGGGCGGAAGAUUCCGGUGGGGGCGUCGGUGUCCGCGCUUAAGGGAAUGAUUAUAGACUCCGGGACCGUCAUUACCCGGUUGCCCCCGGCGACUUACAGGGCUCUCCGGUCGGCUUUCCAGCGGCAAAUGGCUGGGUACCCGAGGGCUGAAGGUUUUGAACUACUGGAUACGUGCUACGACUUUCGCGGAUACGAGGAGGUGAGGGUGCCGAAGAUCAGCAUGUUCUUUAGCGGCGAUGUUGAAGUGGAAAUAGACUCGUCGGGAAUACUGAUUUCGGACGAUGUGGAGAGAGCGUGCCUGGCUUUUGCUGGCAACUCUGCGGCAACGGAUAUCGCCAUUAUUGGAAAUUUUCAGCAGAAAACAUUAGACGUGGUGUAUGAUCUUGCAGGAGGAAGGCUGGGGUUCAGUGCGCAUGGCUGCAAGUAAGCUAAUUAAGCUAAAGCUAAAAUCUAGAAGCUAAAAGCUAAUUGCUAAGCUAGCUUUAUAAGAAAUUAAAUGGCUUUUUAUGGAAUAAGUACGGAUCGUGCUUGAAAGAUUGCAGGUUCUGUUUGGCAAAAUAUUGUGAGAAGCAUAAUUAAAAAAUAAAUCAAUGUUAGAAAAGUAUAUACA